AUGGCAGCGACUUUCAAAGCCCCGCAACUCACGGCGGCAGGAGCGCCGUUCGCCACGGUGGACAAGCCCGUUGAAGCGCCGCCUGCGGGGAAGGUUCGCGUGAAGGUUCAUGCGUGCGGCGUGUGUCACGGCGACGUGGUUCCGAAGUUCGGGCUCCUGGGAACCACGUUCCCGCGCGUCCCAGGCCAUGAGAUAGCAGGCGUGGUCGACGCCGUAGGAGCCGCCGUAGAAGGCGCCGCAACAGGCGGAGCGCGGCCGCAGUGGACUGUCGGGGAUCGCGUGGGAUUGGGUUGGUUCGGCGGGUGCUGUGCCACGUGUCGGUCGUGCCGGGAGGGCGAUCUGGUGUGCUGCGACCACCUCGCGAUCACCGGCGCGCACUUCGACGGCGGCUACCAGCCGUAUGUCACCGUCGCCGCCCACGCGCUCGCUAAGAUUCCCGACGAGCUCACCUUCCUGGAAGCCGCACCGCUAAUGUGCGCAGGCCUGACGGUGUUCAACAGUCUGCGCCAUGCAGGUGCUUCUCCAGGUGCCACUGUUGGCGUUCAGGGGAUGGGGGGUCUGGGCCACCUUGCCGUUCAGUACGCCAGCAAGAUGGGGUAUGAGGUGGUGGUGUUUUCUCGCGGUCGAAGCAAGGAGGCAGAGGCGAGGAGGCUCGGGGCACAGCGCUACGUUGACACCACAGAGGACGGCUUUCAGGAGAAAGUUCAGGCUCAAGGGGGCAUCAACGUGCUGCUGGCAACAGCGCCCAGCGCCAGCGCCAUGACGGCGGUGCUGCCUGUGCUGGCCAAGGCGGGCACGCUGGUGCUGCUGGGCGUGGGCGGCCACGACGACUGCACCGUGCUCGUGGACCCGGGCUUCCUCAUCGCCGGCAGGAGGAAGGUCAUGGGCUUCCCCUCGGGGCAACCCAGCGAUGCAGAGGAUGCUCUCAGGUUUGCUGCCCGGCAUGGCAUUCGGCCAAUCAACGAGGUCUUUCCCGCCAGCCAGGCAUCAGAGGCCUUCGAUCGCAUGAUGAGCAAGCAGGCAAUUUUUCGAGUCGUUUUGGACCAUGCAGUGUAG